CAGCCGGCUGGAGUGGCAGGUCUCUCUGUCCUCUCAUCAUGCCUACCCUCUACAUCUGCCCCCAUCCUGACAACUUCCAGAACGUCCGUGUGUUGGUCGCAGCCCGUUAUGGCCGGCAGGAGCUCACGGUGGUUGAACUUCCUCCCAAUGCCGAAUUCAAGAAUCGUUUUUUCUCUCUGCCCAAACUCCCAGCUCUGGAAACCAGAGCGGGGGUUUAUGUAUCGGGGCCUGUAGCUGUUUCUUACCUGCUGUCUCCAGAUGUUAUGAGAGGGCACACUCCCGAAGCAAGAGCCUUGGUGCGGCAGUGGAUCAGCUACGCUGACAUGGAAAUCGCUCCCGCAGCCUGUGCUGUCGCUUUCUCUUCACUGAGGGUUUCCAAGCAAAAUAAACAGGGGCUGGAUCGUGCUGUAGCAGAACUGCAGCAUCUCCUUGGGGUGCUGGACAGUCACCUGAAGCUUCGGACGUACCUGGUGGGGGAAACCAUGACCUUGGCCGAUGUGACCGCUGCUUGUUCUCUUUUGUUGCCGUAUAAAUAUGUCCUCAACCAAACCCUUCGCACUUAUUUUAUCAAUCUUACUCGAUGGUUCCUGACGUGUAUCAACCAACCAGAAUUCCAGGCUGUCUUGGGCCCAGUGAGGUUGUGUGAAGAGGCCCCAGGAGGAGGUGUUCUAGAACUGGACUUUAAAGUUUCCUCUGAAGCUGAGUUGCUGGAGAAGAAGCAGAUACAGGAGCCCCCUCCCAAAAGCGAGUCACAGCUGAAGAAGGAGGCCAAAAAGAAAGAAAAAAUGGACAAGUUUCUUCAGAAGAAGGAAAAGAGUCUGCAGCAACAGGGAGAGAAGAAGCCAAAAGCUGAGAAGAAAGACAAGAAGGAUCUCGGGAUCAUCACCUAUGAUGUCCCUACCAAACAAGGGGAGAAAAAAGAUGUGACAGGUCCAAUGCCUGACUCUUACAGCCCACAAUAUGUCGAAGCAGCUUGGUACUCAUGGUGGGAGAGCCAGGGUUUCUUUAAACCAGAGUAUGGCCGUCACAGCAUCUCUGAGCCAAACCCCAAAGGCAUCUUCAUGAUGUGUAUUCCUCCACCCAAUGUUACCGGAUCGCUACAUCUUGGCCAUGCCCUCACCAACUCCAUCCAGGACUCUCUGACAAGAUGGCACAGAAUGAAGGGGGAGACCACCUUGUGGAAUCCUGGCUGCGACCACGCGGGCAUUGCCACCCAGGUGGUGGUGGAGAAAAGGCUUUGGAAGGAGCAAGGGAAAACACGGCAUGACCUCGGCCGUGAGCCGUUCAUCGAGGAAGUCUGGAAAUGGAAAAAUGAGAAAGGGGAUCGGAUCUACCAUCAGCUGAAGAAACUGGGUUCCUCCAUGGACUGGGACAGAGCUUGUUUCACUAUGGACCCUAAACUCUCCUAUGCUGUCCAAGAAGCCUUUAUCCAAUUGCACGAGAAAGGGAUCAUCUAUCGAAGCAAACGUCUGGUCAAUUGGUCCUGCACUCUCAACUCGGCCAUUUCUGACAUAGAGGUGGACAAGAAGGAAUUAACAGGCCGGACCCUCUUGCCUGUCCCGGGCUACAAAGAGAAGGUUGAGUUUGGGGUGCUGGUCUCCUUCGCUUACAAGAUGGAGGACUCAGAUGAGGAAGUGGUGGUGGCUACCACCCGUAUUGAGACGAUGCUGGGAGACACAGCAGUUGCAGUCCAUCCCAAGGACCCCCGAUACCAG